UCCCUCCCCCCCCCCUUUUUUUGCAUCUCAAUUUUCCCCUUGUCUAUUUUCUGUUUAUGAUGGAUUGAUGUGCUGAUGUUUAACCUGCUUGAUUCUAGGGCCGGCCAUGGCAAUCUAGAGCAGUGUAGAGCAGCGUGGGAUACUGGGAUUUCUUCUAUUUACUCCAAACCAAGAACAGGAUUCAAGAAGACAAGAUUUCAGGUGUUCUCUCUCCAUUUUUCUGUAACCAUGUUGCAAAAAAAGCAUUUAUCUGGUUGUGCGAAAAGAAAAGAGAAGAAACUUGUAGAUGAAUUCAUUGGAACUCAAAAGGGUGCUAUUCAUAAAUUCGUUUUUAAAAAAUCCACUGCCGAGAAUCCAGAGGUAUUAGCUGUUCAUAGUGUUGAAGAAGAACAAUCUGAUGAAAACUUAGUCGAGGAAAAUGUUGACAACAUUGAUCUUGACACUAUUAUUAGUGAUUUUGCCUCUAAAAAUGCUCGAAGGUGUCGCUUCUCUUGAGUAUGCCAUUCACUUCUUUUUUGUGUAUUUUUCAGGUGGCUCCUGAUGUUUGCUGAUGCACGUUUGUGGAUGGACUGCUAGAGCUGGAGUUGUAGCUUCUAUCGUGUUGGAUCAAGAAUUGAGAACAAUUUUAGUUAAGAGUUCAGACAAGAUUUGUGGGUUGUUGGAGAGUGUAUCCUAAUCUUGUAAUCAUCUGAUAUAUCCGUGGACCGUGGUGUAUUAAGACCAUAUUUGCUAAUGAAAUUUACGCUUGCUUUUCUAAUGACUUUUCGCUGUACAUUGAAGUUUUUUUUUGUCUGUUAUAUAGUUUAAGGGCCCAUUUUCUCAGUUCGCAUGAGGGCCUCUGGAAUGCCAGGGCCGGCCCUGCCUAAAAGAAUACUCGAGCUUCUGAACGUGGAGAAGCUCACCAGGGAAAAUGUCGCGAGUCAUCUGCAGAAGUACAGGCUAUACCUCAGACGGCUAAGUGCUGUGGCAUCACAGCAAGCUAGCAUUGCUGCUGCUUUUGGAGGCAGAGACCCCUUCCAGCACUUUGCCCCUUCUGCUGCACUUCCAUCUUUCAGUCCACAUGGAUUGUUGAGUGGUGCUGGUGCAGCAGCAUUUGGGCUUCAGGACUUUGUUCCUUCCAAGGCAAUUCAGUGUGCUAGCAGCAAUGGUGCAAUAAGUCAUUGCGCCGGCGAUACAAACAAAUUUAACAUUGUGAGCUUACAAGAUAACCAACAGGCAGAUCUAACGCAAGGUUUGACCGCGUCGUCACUUGGGCAGCCCCGGCUCCAGCAUAAGUGGAUCCAUCAAGAAACCAAUGACUUGUGUUCUGUCUUUUCCGGGGGUGCUCUGGCCAACACUAUGUCCGGCACAUUACAGAGAAUUACAAGCAGUUCAAUGCCACCAGAAGAUCUUUUGGAGUGCACUCCACAUAUCAAAGUAGGAGCCCAUCCAUCCACAGGAAUAUCUCAGCAGGGUGAUCUUCCAAUUAGCGAUGGAUUUUGUGUUGACAAAUUACCGUUGCACAUCCCGUUCAAUGGUGCUGACACUGGCUUUGUGGCUGGAGAACAAGAGAUGGACAAAAGGGGGAUAUUUUCAGAAACAAUGACUGUUGGUGUUUGUCCUUCUGGGAGCCUUAUAGCAGCAGCCAACAAUACCAAAUGUGGAGCUAGUUCUUCUGGUAGCACAAUGCUGCUCCCUCCUCAUGAUAACGAGCGACAUUCAAAAUACGUGCAGUUUGGGGCUGCAAGCAAUUCUAGAUAUAGAAUGGAUGGAGUGAGAAAAGACCAAAGCCUGAACAAUGGAGGCUUUAGCUCUGAUGGUGGUGCCAUUGUGCCUGAACAGCCCGAUAUGGAUGAUUUGGGAAUUCCAAAGCUGCAGGGUCAGAGUGGGUUCAAUUCUAGCAGCUGCAACUUUGAUGGCCUUCUCAAUUCCAUAAUAGAAGUGACAUGGAGCAAGCGAUAUCCGACCUGCAAAGAGAGCCUGGCCUACGGGGGGAUGCCUCAGGAGGAUAGAUGA